AUGAAGAAAGAUUUGAUCAGGGACGUCGACACCUUUUUCAACAACCAGGACACCUACAGAAAGCUCAAGGUACCAUGGAAACGAGGCGAAAUUUUCUGGGGCCCUCCAGGUUGUGGAAAAACCAUUAGUAUUAAAGCUUUGAUGCACUCACUCUACAAGCGCAAGGAUCCAGUUCCUACUCUCUAUGUUAGAUCGCUUGCUGGGUAA